GGGGCGGGGCGGCCUUAGCUCCGGGCGGGCGGCGGCUGCUGCAACGGGACCCGGGAGCGGGGCCCGGCGCCGCCCGGGCCGCGGGGCGAUGUGAGCCCCAGGCGUGUCCUAGAGGGAUCCAGGUCACUUCUUGGCUGACUGCUUGCCAUGACACUCCACCAAGGACGGGGAGAAUAAAGUGGGGCCCUUCCCCAUGCCCCUUCCAUGGUCAGCUCCCCGAUGGCCUGGGUGAGGGUAGGCUGGCUGCUCUGACACCAUGGGGAGCUGCUGCAGCUGCCUGAACAGAGACAGCAUCCUAGACAACCACCCCACCAAGUUCAAGGUGACAAAUGUGGAUGAUGAGGGGGUGGAGCUGGGCUCCGGGGUGAUGGAGCUGACACAGAGUGAGCUGGUGCUGCACCUGCAUCGGCGUGAGGCUGUCCGCUGGCCCUACCUCUGCCUGCGCCGCUACGGCUAUGACUCCAACCUCUUUUCCUUUGAGAGUGGCCGCCGGUGUCAAACGGGCCAGGGGAUAUUUGCAUUCAAGUGUUCCCGCGCUGAGGAUAUCUUCAACCUCCUUCAGGAUCUGAUGCAGUGCAACAGCAUCAAUGUGAUGGAAGAACCCGUCAUCAUCACCCGCAACAGCCACCCCGGGGAGCUUGACCUCCCUCGGGCCCCCCAGCCUCCCAGCACUCUAGGCUACACCGUCUCCAGCUUCUCUAAUGGCUUCCCUGGCUGCCCAGGUGAGGGCCCGCAGUUCUCAGCUCCCCGGCGCCCCUCGACAAGCAGCCUGCGACACCCCUCGCUUGGGGAAGAGUCCACCCAUGCCCUCAUUGCACUAGAUGAGCAGUCCCACACCUAUGUCAACACACCGGCCAGUGAGGACGACCACCGCAGGAGCCGGCACUGCCUGCAGCCCCUGCCUGAGGGGCGGGCACCCUUUCCCUCGCAGGCCCGGGGCCCGGACCAACGGGACCCACAGGUCUUCUUGCAGCCGGGCCAGGUGAAGUUUGUGUUGGGCCCCACCCCUUCUCGGCGGCACAUGGUGAAGUGCCAGGGCCUCUGCCCCAGCCCGCAUGACCCUCCCCACCACAACAACAACGAGGGCCCUUCCGAGUGCCCUGCCCAGCCCAAGUGCACCUACGAGAAUAUCAGUGGGGGCCUGCGGCGAGGGGCUGGCUGGAGACUGAGCCCGGAGGAGCCAGGCUGGAAUGGCCUUGCCCACCGCCGGGCCGCCCUGCUGCACUAUGAGAACCUGCCCUCCCUGCCCCCCGUCUGGGAGAGCCAAGCCCAGCAGCUGGGGGAGGAGGCUGGGGAUGAUGGGGACUCGAGGGAUGGGCUCACACCCUCCUCCAAUGGCUUCCCUGAUUGUGAGGAGGACGAGACCCCACUGCAGAAGCCCACCAGCACCCGGGCCGCCAUCCGCAGCCACGGCAGCUUCCCUGUGCCACUGACCCGCCACUGUGGGUCCCCUCAAGUCUUCAACUUCGAUUUCCGCCGGCCGGGCCCUGAGCCCCCAAGGCAGCUCAACUACAUCCAGGUGGAGCUGAAGGGCUGGGGUGGUGACCGCCCCAAGGGGCCCCAGAACCCCUCGGUCCCUCGCACCCCCGUGUCCACCACCCACCCUGCCCGCAGCUCAGACUCCUACGCCGUGAUUGACCUCAAAAAGACCGUGGCCAUGUCCAACCUGCAGAGGGCUCUGCCCCGAGACGAUGGCACUGCCAGGAAAACCCGGCACAACAGCACCGACCUGCCUCUGUAGGGACAGCCCGUCCCACCACCCUCACCCCUCCUCGUCCCACCCCCACCUCACGCUCCUGUCCUCUGAACCCACCCCAGGGCAUUGAGGUAGGACCAGAAGCUCCCCAAAGAUAUCAGCCAGCGAGUCUCCUGGUCUCCAAGUGGGAGAGAGAAGAGGGUCACCAGGCGGGGAGGGAGCCGAGAUGCAAACUGUGAAGGGUUCCCAUGAUUGCAUUUAUCACCUCCUGUUAUGUCCGCCCUCCCAUUCUGUCUUGUCUCUCUGUCUGUGUGUAUGUGUUUUUUGGUUGAAAUUUUGAAGCAUUUUGUACCUGUUAAUUUUAUUUAUCAGUUUAUUUUUCUAUUUAUUGUUUUAAAUGUAAUUUAACAUAUUUAUUAUUAAUAUUAUAAUUAUUUUUAAAUUCUG